UAUACACAUUCCCUUAUCCGGAGACAUUGCAAAAAGCUGAAGAAAAUGGUUGUUGUCACAGUUCACAGUCCUGCUUGCUCCUCCUUGUUUCUUCAAUCAUCAUUGCCUAAACAAGGACAUCAUAGUUCAAAGAAGUUGAAUUCAAGAUUUGCAUCCGUCGACAUUGUAGAUAAAUCAAAAACGAGAACAAUGUCUUUAGUAAAUUGUAAACGUAAUGCCAGCAUUGAUCUUGAAGUCGGUGAACGGCUUUAUCUUGGGAUGGACUUUGGUACAUCUGGAGCUCGGUAUGCUCUUAUUGACAAGGAAGGUGCUAUAUGUGCUGAAGGGAAGAGGGAGUAUCCUUUAUAUAUGAGCAGAGAAACAGUGGAUUGGGUGCACUCAUGGAAAAUGACACUUUUCUCACUCCUUGAAGAUGUUCCUGCUAGUCUCCGUCCAUGUAUUGCAUCGAUUUCCAUAGAUGGGACUUCUGCAACAACUAUUAUUGUAGACAGCACAACAGGAGAACCAUUAUGUAGACCUUUCCUUUACAAUGAGAGUUGUCCUGAUGCUUUGCCAAUGGUGAAGUCCCUUGCCCCUCCAAACCACACAGUCUGCUCUGGUUCCUCUACCCUGUGCAAGCUUGUCUCGUGGUGGAAUUCUGUUGAUUCAAAUAAAGAAUCUGUAGUCUUGCUGCAUCAAGCAGAUUGGUUGUUGUGGCUUCUUCAUGGAAAGAUUGGCAUUUCCGAUUACAACAAUGCUUUGAAGGUUGGCUAUGAUCCCGAACUUGACUCCUAUCCAGACUGGCUGCUCUCUCAGCCAUAUUCACAUGUUUUGCCUUCUGUCCAAGCUCCUGGAACUUCAAUUGGUUCAGUCAAGGAGAAUAUUAGAACACAAUUUGGUUUUCCAAAAGAUUGUGUUGUGUGCACAGGAACCACUGAUAGUAUAGCAGCCUUCCUUGCAGCACGUGCUACACAACCUGGGAAAGCUGUCACAUCAUUGGGUUCAACACUUGCCAUAAAACUACUAAGCACCAAGAGGAUAGAAGAUGCACGGUUUGGGGUGUAUAGCCACCGUCUUGAUGAUAAAUGGCUUGUUGGAGGUGCUUCGAAUACAGGUGGAGCUGUUCUUAGACAAAUUUUUACUGAUGAACAACUGGAAAAAUUGAGCGAGCAGAUCAAUCCCAUGGGAGCCUCCCCUCUGGACUACUAUCCACUGCAAGCAGUGGGCGAGAGAUUUCCCGUGGCAGAUCCAAAGAUGGAGCCCAGGUUAUAUCCACGGCCAGAAAGUGAUGUUGAGUAUUUGCAUGGUAUUCUUGAAUCCAUUGCGAGCAUAGAGGCAAAGGCUUAUACCUUACUGAAGGAUCUAGGGGCAACUCAAGUUGAAGAAGUGUACACGGCAGGGGGUGGUGCAAAGAAUGAGAAAUGGACAAAGAUACGAGAGAGGGUACUCGGUUUGCCAGUGAGUCGGGCACUUCAAACCGAGGCUGCCUAUGGUGCUGCUUUAUUGGCAUUGAGAGGUGCUAAAUAGAAAUCUUAAAUAUUCUACCUUGACUGCAGAUCUGAAUUCUGGGUUGAAGGCGAAACAGAAGAAAAAAAAGAUGAUCAAAGAACUAAGAGCCCUGUGACAGAGACUGAGUGUCCUUUGAUUAUGACUCAAUUUUAAAUAGUAUAUGUGGAUUCUGUAAUGUCGGAACACUAAAUUAGGAAUACUAAACAAUGUUUAAUUUGUUAAAUUUUCCAAAGGUUCGAAGGGGUUUAUGUACAAGUUCUUUGUGAACUGCAAUGAAGUUAAUGUUUUGGGGCACCAAAUCAUUGUCUUAGAAUUAGGAUCGGAGGAAGCCGCUGAUUUCGUGCUCCUAAAGGCGAACAUAAUUGUUUCUUGGGGUACCAUUUCUUGUGUGUUGGUAUGAAUUGCACCAACUUAAUCAUUCAAAAAUUGUGUAGCUACAUGCACAUCAGCAGAUAACAUGUUCCUAGUUUUCUUAUGUGUGCGUAUGUAUAUAUAUAUAUAUAUAUAUAUAUAUUUAUUUAUUUUAUCCUGACAAUCUUAAUUUCCCGGGUGGUGCCCGUAUUCAAGUCUCCCUACAGAGACAUCUUCCCUAA